AUGGCAGGACUUGCAGAAGGACUCCAUGGUAUGCAUGAUGCUCACAACGACCUUUCACGCUGUGGCAUUGAUGGAAAAGAGGACUUCUAUGGAAUCCAUGGUGAUGUCAAGCCCGACAAUAUCCUGCGCUUCACCGAUCGUGAUCCAGCCGGCAGGCUUGUACUGUCCGACUUUGGCUUGACAAGGUUCCAUACAAAAGCCUCUAGAUCACACCUCAGGGGUAACGGCCCCGUGUCUCCAACCUAUGCAUCCCCAGAGCACAAUGGCUAUAUAUGUGGCGUUUCCAGACGGUCGGAUGUAUGGGCUCUGGAUUGCGUCUACACCGAAAUGCUGACCUGGGCGAUUCAAGGGCCCGAAGCACAUAGGCUGUACGAAUGUGGACGCUUGGGUGAGGAUGACAUUGGCCGUGCGAAAGGUACAUGGCAUAUGGACAGGUUCUUCGGCAUCGACUUCUCUGAACGCGAUCUCUCUGGGGCACUCGGACGUCGAUUUCUGAAGAAGGCGGUUAGUGACUGUAUUCAAACAAACAAGGACAUAGCUAAUCAGCUUGGUCCACAAGGUGUGUUCAUCAACGAGGUUCUGGAUUUUGUUGGCCACGAGAUGUUAGCCGUUGACUACACCAGGCGCGCAACAUGCGAUAAGGUUUACCAAUUCCUAGCCUCGGUGAGAGAGAGUUUAAUGGGCAAAGAUUAA